CCCCCCCCCCCCCCUCCCCGCGUCGUUGGCGAUGGAGGAGGACGACCAACAAAGCACUGGUGCCGUGGUUUCUCAUCGACAGCAGCAGCAGCAGCAGCAGCAACAACAGCAGGCUCGUCGCAGCAACAGCGCUAAUACUAUUAGUAAUCACCCACUUGCAAUCGGUAACGCUCCUGCUGCUGCCGCGACGGAGGCGUGCAUUGCGCCGGGGCAUGAUGGGAGCGACGAGCUGCAUCAUCACCAGGUGGUUCAGGUGGUGGUGAAUGACAACCCCCAAGAUCAUGACCACGAGCACGAGCAUCACCACUUGCACCACCAGCACCACCAGCACCACCACCACGGGCACCACCCGCACCACCACCAUCACCAGGAGGAUCACCACCUCUCGUCGCCCGGGUUGCCGCCCCCGCUGGAACUGCGUGACUCCGACCCCGAUCUUGACGACGUGGAGGGUAUUGUGGGGGGUGGGGAUAAUAAUACGGACAGCCCUUUGCUGAAGUCCAACGCCGGGCGGGAGCCUGCCACUGAGUGGAGCGAGGCCGCAACCGCUGUGCUAAUUUCCGCUUUCAGGGAGAAAUUCCAUGCCUUGGAUCGCAACAACUUUCGCAGCAAAGAUUGGGGUGAGGUUGCGAAACAAGUGAACACCCAUUGUGCAAAUGAAAAGGCGCCUAAGACACAGGAGCAAUGCCGUAUGAAGGUCGACAGUUUAAAGAAACGAUACCGUCAGGAGAAAGACAAAUUGGCUGGUAAUGUUCCUUGCAAAUGGCCAUGGUUUGAGGCCUUGGAUGAGCUAAUAGGAUGCAGUCCUAAACAGUCACGCAUAGGAUCUGCUCGGAAGCAGGCACGCUUUGCUUCUUCUCCUUCUCCCCGGACACCAGGUGGUAUGCCCGGUGGCUAUUUUGGAGGUGUUUCUCCUAGCGUCUACCUGAAGAAAAAACUAGCAAGGGUGGUUAGUCUGCAAGACUCUAUCGGACAAUUGCAAAUGGCGGGCACUUUGGAAGACAACAUUGAGGCAUUGCUCCAGAAUUUCUUGGAAGAGGAGACUGUUCGAGAUUUUGCGAAGAAAUUAGCUUCCAGCAAGUAUACCGUAGCUACAUUGCUGGAGAUGUCAGAGAGGGAGCUUGAUGAGAUCAUGUCUGAAGAGUUUCCAGAGGCUGCAAGGGGGGAGAGGAGAGGAUUCAAGGCGGCUAUCUGGUCCAGAAAGCGUAAGCUUACCCAAGACUGUGGCGACGAUCUCGACAUGGUUAAUGCUAGUGGGUCGAUUAUGGAGACUUCGGACAAUUUUGCGAAAAAGGAGAAGAAGUCUGGCUCAUUUGUCCGGUGAUAUAACUCCUGACAGUUCAUUCUUCUGUUCAUUAUCCUGGAAGUGCCUGGCCGUUGGACCUUUUUUGUAAGGCUUCUGGCAUUUCAUUGUUGUAUGUAUCAUGGCUGCUGUAUGUUAAACGAUGUAGCAUAAGGUUUCUUACUUAAAACAAACUUUUUUUGUGACCUUCUCACUUCUUUUUGUCGAUUCGUAAUGGAAAGUUUGCCACUUGCAAAUUUCUCGCUACAUUUUCUCA